CUGCAAACACUGGCAGCAUUAGAGAAAGUGAAAGAAGAAUCGAGAGGCGUGAAUGUUUCAAACUUCACAAGGCAGUGUAAGCCGGAGGGAGGUUGCUUCUGAGAUAGGCGCUUUCAGGGUGUGGAGGCACAAUUUGGAAAUUUCCCCUCCGAGUGUCUGCGCGUAACCCUCCCCUACCAGCCCAGCCCCUGGCGAGCACUUUUCUGUAGAGUCCGCCUGCACCCCGCGUUCUCACUCCCUGGGGCGCAGAUCUGCAGGUCCCUCCCGGAGGCCAGCACCCGGGUGGCGGCUUUGGUGGCUUAGGUGGCUGUGCGCCCGGCCCAGCCCGGAAGGUCGGGGCCCUGUGGCUGCGCAGGCGGGACCGGCCGAGGCCGGAGUGGGGCGGCUGGGCCUGGGUGAGGACGGGCGGGGGAGAGCCGAGGCGGAAGCAGCCGGGCGGCCAGGAUCCAGGACUCCGUCCCGACGGUCGCUGCCACCUCCAGGUUCCACACCCUCUGGACCCGUGGCUGGUUUUUCUGGUUUGGUCUCUAGAGCAAUUUGCAUACUUCCUUGAAGAACCCUCUGAAGUCGAACAGCCUCUUCUGAGAAAGGGACGCCCACAUUGGCUCUCCAGAAUUGGGGCUAGGAAUGGCCACAUGGAUCAGGCCACACCUGAAGCAGCCUCUGGUAGCAGAGCCAGCUGAAGAAGGGGAGUCUCAGCAGCCCCUGGGCCGAGAGCUGACCGAGGCCAACCGCUUUGCCUAUGCUGCCCUCUGUGGCAUUUCUUUGUCAGAGCUGUUUCCAGAGCCCGAGCAGAGCUCCUUCUGCACAGAAUUUGUGAAGGACCUGGUGAAAUGGCUGCAUUUGUCCGAAGUCGUCCUCCCAACCAUGACCGCCUUCGCCAGCGGCCUGGGAGGUGAAGGAGCCAACAUCUUUGCUCAGACUCUACUGCAGGACCCCAUCCUGAAAGGAGACCCCUCAGCAAUCACUCAGGACCUUCUGAGCUUCUCACUCAAGGACGGACACUACGAUGCCCGGGCAAGAGCCCUCGUUUGUCAUGUGACUUCCCUGCUCCAGGUGCCCAUGGAGGAGCUUGAUGUACUCGAGGAGGCAUUCCUGGAGAGCCUGAAGGGCAGCAAAGAGGAAGAGUCUGAGACCGCAGAGGCAUCCCGGAAGAAGAAAGAAAAACGAAGGAAGUGGAAACGCUAUCUCCUGAUAGGCCUCGCCACGGUUGGAGGCGGGACAGUGAUUGGUGUGACUGGGGGGCUAGCUGCCCCCCUUGUUGCUGCGGGAGCUGCGGCAAUCAUUGGCAGUGCUGGGGCAGCCGCACUGGGCUCGGUGGCUGGCAUUGCUGUCAUGACUUCAUUGUUCGGUGCAGCUGGAGCCGGCCUGACAGGGUACAAGAUGAAGAAGCGAGUCGGGGCCAUUGAGGAGUUCAUGUUCCUGCCUCUGACAGAAGGCAGGCAGCUGCAUAUCACCAUUGCCAUCACGGGCUGGCUUGGAUCCGGCAUAUACCGCACAUUCAGCGCCCCGUGGACGACCCUAGCCCGCAGCCAGGAGCAGUACUGCCUAGCGUGGGAAGCCAAGUACCUGAUGGAGCUGGGCAAUGCCCUGGAGACCAUCCUCAGCGGCCUCGCUAACAUGGUGGCCCAGGAGGCUCUCAAGUACACCGUGCUCUCUGGUAUCGUAGCCGCCCUGACCUGGCCGGCCUCCCUCCUCAGUGUUGCCAACGUCAUUGACAACCCCUGGGGGGUGUGUCUCCACCGGUCCGCGGAGGUUGGCAAGCACCUGGCACACAUCCUCCUCUCACGGCAGCAGGGCCGGAGACCUGUCACCUUGGUUGGGUUCAGCCUGGGAGCCAGAGUCAUCUACUUCUGUCUGCAAGAAAUGGCUCAGGAACAAGAUUGCCAAGGGAUCAUCGAGGAUGUGGUCCUUCUGGGCGCACCGGUAGAAGGGGACCCCAAGCACUGGGAACCGUUCCGGAAAGUGGUGUCUGGGAGAAUCGUCAAUGGGUACUGCAGGGGAGACUGGUUGCUGAGCUUCGUGUACCGCACAUCUUCUGUGCAGCUCCGGGUUGCAGGCCUCCAGCCCGUGCUGCUGCAGGACCGGAGGAUGGAGAAUGUGGACCUAUCUGCAAUGGUCAACGGGCACUUGGACUAUGCCAAGCAAAUGGAUGUGAUCCUGAAGGCUGUGGGCAUUCGUACCAAGCCAGGCUGGGGUGAGAAGGGAUUCCUACUGGCCCCUGGCAGCCUGGCCCAAGAAGAGCCUCUCCAGGCAGCCACAGUCUCCACAGAUGAGGCAAUCCACCAAGAUGGGCAAACCCAGGAACCUGGCCCAGGAGACAGUCUCAAAACUGCCGUACCUUCCAGUGCCAGGCUAGCCCAGAUGCCAACAGAACCAGACCAAUCCACAGAGGCCUUGCUCCCUGCUGCUGCCAGUCCAGCAGAAGGACCCGUGAUCUGCAGCCAUGGUGUGGGUCCUAACCCACUGGGCUGUCCUGACUGCACACAAGGGACCCGGGAGUCCUGUGCAGAACUGGACUGACCCCAGCAGGAGCCUGGACUAUCACUUUAGAUUUCCAUAUUCAACUUUCUGGCUCCUCAGAGAGUUCUGGAGGUGUGGAAUUUCCACAGGUGCCUUUCUAAAACAGAAAGAGCCUAGAAUGGAGAGCUGGUGAGGAAAACGCUUGCUCCCUGAGGGAACACUGGCCACGUGACCCGCAACAUCAGCCCAGCUCCAGGCCAGCAUAGGCUCCUGCCCUGCAGGUCCAUCCAGAGGCCCAGGAGUCACUGGGAGACUGGAGGUCCCCGUGCUCUUUCUUUCCUCUACCUUCAGUUGAACCAAGUAUCUUCCUGAUCUUUUAUCAACCUCCAGGGCUGCCCACCAGCCCCAGGCCCUACCGGUGGGGUGUUUUCAGGUGCCAAUGAAGUCAGUUCCUCUCUCUCUCUGCUCUUCUUGGGAGGUCCAGUCAGCGCUCUCUCAUACAGAUGUGCAGGCUGUGUGCGCGGCACAACUGCAGAGUAACUGAGACAGGUGUCAUGUGAAUGGCGGCCCACCCUGAGCUUGUGAGACGUGGUGGCCCUGUAUAGAAUGGUAGCCAGAAGAAUAAAGGCAGAAUUCACAGUCGGCAUAGAGAGAAAUGGCCCUGGUGAUGAAAGGUUACACAGGGAGGGACCAAUAAAUACUAAAGCCUUUUCUCUUAACCUUCGCGGCCACCUUUUAGUUUAUGCUCGGGGAAACUGAGCCUCUAUGUGUUUAGGAAAUCUGUUAAAGACCA